CCCACUCAAUCGCAAGGCUGCGCUCAACGACUCGACACCGCCAACAGGGAUGCAGCGAGGGCGCAGCGCAGCCUGAAAAUGGCACCACCACGCGUCCCGUGGAUCUAUCCAUCCCUUCCCCUGCUGUCCUCCCUUCUCCUCGUUUUCCACGCGUCUCCGCCGAGCACGGCCUUACGGAAUUACCCGGAGAAUGAAGUUACUUUAUUAGACUCCAUGUCGGCACUGGCCGACCUCGGCUGGGAGGCUUACCCUAAUGAAGGGUGGGAGGAGAUCAGCGUGAUGGAUGAGAGGAACACCCCGAUGAGGACCUACCAGGUGUGCAGCGUAAUGGAGGCCAAUCAAAACAACUGGCUGCGGACGCGGCACAUCAGCCGGGAGGGAGCGCAGCGAGUCUACAUCGAAAUCAAAUUCACCCUGAGAGACUGCAACAGCCUGCCCGGGGUCUCUGGCACCUGUAAAGAGACUUUCAACAUGUACUACUAUGAGUCCAACAAUGCCAACCUGUGGUUCAUCAAGGAAAGCCAGUAUGUCAAGAUCGACACUAUCGCUGCAGAUGAGAGCUUCACGCAGGUGGACGUUGGUGACCGAGUCUUGAAGCUGAACACAGAAGUGCGAGACAUCAGCAACUUGAGUAAAAAGGGUUUCUACCUGGCCUUCCAAGACCUGGGUGCUUGUAUCGCUCUGGUCUCAGUCAGGGUCUUCUACAAGAAGUGUCCUCUGACUGUGCGCAACCUGGCCCAGUUCCCCGACACAAUAACGGGAGGAGAAACGGCGCUGGUGGAGGUCCAUGGAGUUUGUGUAAAUGCCUCUGAGGAAUUUGAGCCGCCCAAGAUGUACUGCAGCGCAGACGGAGGCUGGCUGGUCCCCAUAGGGAGAUGCGUGUGCAAACCAGGCUUUGAGGAGAACAAGGACAUCUGCCAACCAUGCAGACCUGGAACGUACAAAGCUUCAGCCACAGAUGCCUACUGCACCAAAUGUCCUCCUCACAGCUCGUCUCCACAUGAACAGGCCAUGGAGUGCAUUUGUGAGAAAGGCUUCCACCGUGCUGAGACCGACCCACGCUCAAUGGCUUGCACACGUCCUCCGUCUGCUCCAGAGAACCCCAUCUCCUCUGUGAAUGAGACCUGCGUCACCCUGGAGUGGUCGCCGCCCCGCGACACGGGAGGCAGAGGGGACAUUACCUACAGCCUCCACUGCAGAAAAUGCUCCGGCGAAGGCAAAAAGUGCGCGCCGUGCGGCAGCAGCGUCCAUUUUGUCCCGAGACAGUUCGGGCUCGCGUCAGCCAGCGUGCUGAUCACUGACCUCCAGCCGGACUCCAACUACACCUUCACGAUCGAGAGCCAGAACGGAGUUUCAGAUCUGAGUCCGACCCCCAGAGGCACGGUGGUAAUAAAUGUUACAACAUCGCAGACGGUGAGCGUCGUGCUAAAAGAAAGGCGAAGCAAGGACAGUGUAACAUUGGCCUGGCAGGGUCCGGAGAGACCAAAUGGGGCGAUCGUGGAGUAUGAGGUCAUUUACUAUGAGAAGAACCAGCGGGAACAGAACUACACGGUUUUAAAGACUCGAUCCAACAUGAUGACAGUGGACGGCCUGAAGCCUGGGACCACCUACGUGUUCAGAGUCAGGGCUCGGACUGAUGGGGGCUACGGGACGUACGGUGGGGAGAUUGAACUGGAAACCAGCCAUGAGGACGUCUUGGCCAUUGGGGACCCAAACCAGUCCACCAUUCUGGUUGUGUCCAUUGCAGGAGGGAUUGUUCUCCUCAUCUUCUUGGUGACCUGCUUCGUUGUUAGUGGAAGACACUGUGGAUACAUAAAGGCCAAGCAGGACCCCGACGAAGAAAAGAUGCAAUUCCAACAUGGCCGAGUGAAGCUUCCAGGCAGCAGAACGUACAUCCAUCCUCACACCUACGAAGACCCAAACCAAGCUGUCCGAGACUUUGCCAAAGAGAUAGAUGCUUCCAACAUUCGCAUAGAAAGAGUCAUUGGAGCUGGAGAGUUUGGGGAGGUGUGCAGCGGCCGCCUGCGUGUUCAGGGGAAGAGGGAGAUCUACGUGGCCAUCAAGAGCCUGAAGGCCGGAUACUCUGACAAACAGAGGAGGGACUUCCUGUCCGAGGCGUCCAUCAUGGGACAGUUUGACCAUCCGAACAUCAUCAGGCUGGAGGGUGUCGUCACGAAAUGUAAGCCCGUGAUGAUCAUAACAGAGUUCAUGGAAAAUGGGUCUCUGGACACUUUCCUGAAGAAACACGACGGCCAGUUCACGGUGAUCCAGCUGGUUGGUAUGCUGCGCGGCAUCGCUUCGGGUAUGAAGUACCUGUCAGACAUGAGCUACGUUCACAGAGACCUGGCGGCUCGAAACAUCCUGGUCAACAGCAACCUGGUGUGCAAGGUGUCCGACUUCGGCCUGAGCCGAGUUCUGGAGGACGACCCCGAGGCCGCCUACACUACGAGGGGAGGGAAAAUCCCCAUCAGAUGGACGGCACCGGAAGCCAUCGCCUACAGGAAGUUCACCUCAGCCAGCGACGUGUGGAGCUACGGCAUUGUCAUGUGGGAGGUGAUUUCGUACGGAGAGAGACCGUACUGGGAGAUGUCCAACCAGGAUGUGAUCAAAGCAAUAGAUGAGGGUUAUCGUCUUCCUGCUCCUAUGGACUGCCCGGUGGUGUUGCACCAGCUCAUGUUGGACUGCUGGGAGAAGGGGCGCAGUGAUCGGCCAAAGUUUGGACAGAUUGUCACAAUCCUGGACAAGCUCAUCAGAAACCCAGCCAGCCUCAGAGAGCUGGCCAACAGCUCAGUGUGCAGGGAGGACCCGCCCACCCCAGAGUUCAGCGUGAGCACUGUGGACGAUUGGUUGGACACCAUCAAGAUGGGCCAGUACAAGGAGAACUUUUCCAGCGCCGGAUACGUCAGCUUGGACUCCAUCCUCUACAUCAGCGUCAGUGAACUGGCGAAGAUGGGAGUGACGCUGGCCGGCCACCAGAAGAAGAUUUUGUCCAGCGUGCAGAGCCUGCAAGCCCAGGGGACACACGUCCAAGUAUAACAGUUUCCACAAAGAGACAGAGUUGAACUGGACGCUCCUGUGGAGAGUCUCCCCCCACGCCACUCAAAUGGAGCUGUAAUGGAUACUUUGUGCUUGGGUCUCCAAUGAUUUAUUUUUUAUUUUUUAUUUUUUUUUGUGGCACACUAAGAUGGAGACAACAUUGACGCUUGACUCCUUCACCCUCCCAUAAUUCCCGUCCUGGACGUGCCCUUUGGCCAACACCGCUCACCAUGUCAGGGCAGCACAGAGACCAACAAAGCCGCACGCAGAGACCAUUUCACAUCAUGUAAACAUAAAUGAAGAAAAAGCAAAAAAAUAAAAAAAAUUUAACAUAAUGACUAAAAAAACUGAAUAUAAUGCUCGUCACUGUUUGUCAGGUGUACAGUUGGUUUUACCGUCAUUUUGUUUGUUUUACAUUUUCAUAACGAAGGUUUUCAAAAAGGGGUCAUAAGACGGUGUACAUGUGUAGAUAUAUGUUUAUAUGGGCGGCGUAUGCCACGAGCGUAGAGAUGGACCUAACGUUUGUAUCUGUGGUUGCACAGCGCUAACAGCAGUUGUUGUAAAUGUAUGAACUCUUCCACUGGUGUCUGCUCAAAGAAAGCUAAGAGAUUAUGGAUGACAUGAAUGUGAAGGGAGUGAGGAGAUAAAUAAAUGGACCUGUAGACAUAUAAGGGGGAUGUAGAUUUCGUGUGUAGGACGGAAGUAUGUUUUUAAUAAGUUUAUUUGGCCGGGAAAAGGGCUUCCUUAGAGACCGCUCUCAGACAAACUUCCAUAGAAAGUAGAUCUAAUAUACGUACGCCUGUUUGCGUGCACUUGCUGUGCGGUGUUACAGAUUGCAAAGAAAUAACAGAACAUGACGAAAUGUUACUCUUCCAGUAUCUUUGACAAAAUAAACAUAGUUUACAGAGCCUCGUGAAAAGGAUCCGUACCUCAGAUUUUUUCACAUUAAGCAUAGUGUAGUGUCUUGCGUUGGGAUUUUUUAUUUUUUUUGCAAACUUAUGCAUAACAGUUAAGUGUAAGGAAAAGAAUACAAGGUUUUUACUUUUUUUUUUCAAAACAAAACAUGAAAAGUUUUGUUUGGAUUUGUGUUCAGCCCCACCGAGUGUGUACUCGGUGGAAUCAACUCUUGCUAAAAUUGUAGCUGUGACUCACAUCCAGUAGGUCCCGUUCUGUCUUUCACUUGUACACAUGAAGGCGUUCCCUAUUUGGUCUCAAAAUAAAUUGGACAUAAAGUGGAAAAUGCAGUGUUCAGGUUGAUUAGCGGCGUUGAGAUUGAUCCACCGCACCAAGGCUAAAAAGCAAAACUUUGGUCUCAUCUUUCGUGCGCACCCUCUUCCACUUCUGCCGUUUCCUGUACUCGACUGAAAACUUGACUUCUUUCAGCUUUCUUCUUCCUCUCUUUCAUAAAUGCCAGAUUUGUGAACGACUUGUAGUUGUCCUGCAGAUAUUCUUCCAUGAGUUGUGGAUCUCUUCAGGUACUCCGGAGGCAUCAUAAGCCUAUUCUGCUUUCUCAACAACUUUUUCUCCAAAUAUCUCUUAUGUAUUUGUCUUCAUUAGGCUUUUUGUUCUCGGACUUGAUUCAUACCGAGAAUACGUUGCACAGACAUGAACUGGAUUUUACUUUGAGCUGCCAGAAUAUAAAGCAGGCUGCAUACAAUUGCCCACAAUACUUUUCAUAGUCUAUUUGUGAAAAUAAAAAUUGGAAACCAUAAUUCUUUUUCUUUUACACUUUGUGCCGAUCCCAAUGAAGAUAAUUACAGUUUGUGGUUGCAAUGUGGCAAAAUGUGAAGGAAAAAAAAAAAAUCAAAGGGUCCGAGUCCUUUUGAAAGGCGCGCAAAGUAUAUUUGUUUUACAACAUACUUUAAAGGAAUAACUCAUCUUAAGAUGAAGCCUUCCAUUGUUUCAGGUGUGUUUAGACGGUCGUAGUGUUUUGUGCGGAGCAAAGGCGAUGCAAAGCCAGUGACACUGUUGAGGACGUCUAACUUGAUUUUACGGGUUUGUGCCAUGUACAGAAAUAUGAAAAAAAAAGUUAAUCUCGACGACAUACCUUAAUUCUAGCUGUGCACUUUCAUUUCCUCUGUCCUUACGGCCACGCAGCACUCUCACCACGAUUACAGAGUUGUGUUUUCCGGCGUCAUCGCUUGAUAGAAUCGUCCCUUUAUUGACGAGGUGAAGUGUUGGAUUUCAGACGUGCCUCCACAAGAGGGUAAAUAUUGCAUUAAAAAAAAAGAAAAAACUUUUUUUUUUGUCUGAUGUGUAUUUUCUUAUUUGUUGUUUAUAUCAUCCUUAUUUUCAGUCACUACCCACUGCUUACAAAUUUACAGUACAAUGUUUACAAGAAUAAGCCAACACGUCUGUUGAUAUUUUCGCUCAUGACAUUAAUUACGCAAUUAGACUCAAAGGGACCCUUUUCAUGUUCGUUGCGUUAAUAGCACUGAGCCUGGAUUUAAUGUUUCCCCCAAACUCGGUUUUAAUACAUGUGGUGAUCCAUAGGACCAACAGUGACAUGAAGUAUAGUAUUUGAUUGUACCAUAGUGUAAAAUAUGUACAGCGUUAAUUUCCAAUAUUAGAAUGUUUGUAAUGACAACAAUGACGACGACUUUGAUGUGCUUUUAAUAUGAAAAAGAGAUUUCGAGGUUUACGUUCAGGGGGCGGCUCGUACAGGUGGAAAGUGAAGGAUGAGGCGAACCAUCAGAUUGAACACGGAAUGUAGCAAAGGAGAGAAGCGUCGGCUUUGAAAGACGGGAGACGGCGCCUGCAGUUUUUAUGACGGCGUUAGGAUGAGUAGAAUGGACUUUCGAGCUUGUUUUAUUUGCAUAUCCACUUUAAACUUUACGCAUUUCCUGUUUUCCAUCCAGUUUACGGCACGAAACGCCACUUUUUGAAAGCGCAUGGUGAUUAAAAAGGAAAAAAGAAAACUUCUAAUUAAAUUUAUUGCUGAAGCUCCCCGCAUACGGCGGGUAAUGCGACUUUACAUUUAAAGCAUAGAAAAGCCUCGUAAACAAACUCAAAAUAUAUAAAGAGUAGAAAAUCCAAUCUUAUUUUUGAGAAAAUAGCACAGAAGAACAUGUUUGUUUCUCUACAAUUUGACUAAUUAUUAGAAUUCUGCUAAUUGCACAACAGUAUGCUACGUCAAGUAUUAAAAGUAUAUUAAUCGCUAAAAUAUUAUAGGAGUUGUAACUUUAUUGAUUAUAUUGAAACCAGAACAAUUAACAAAAUAAAAUCAUAUGCAGGUUUCCAAGUUAAUGUUAACUUAUUUUUUUUUUUUUAAUCACAUUUCAAGUAAGUUUGGCUUGUUAGUUUGAAAUUAAAGUCUUCCUUAUGAUGGAAAUUAUAAGGUGCAUCAUCAGCUGUAUCCCAGGAUUCAAGGGCAGUGAAGUUUUCUGCUCAUAAAAAUUUCCAACAAUAAAAAAACAUAAACUAAUUUUCCAUUUACUUUUCUGUCCUUUCAAACAAUUUUCACAUCUCUUUUACAACACAAGUCAAAGUGGGAUCAAGUAAAACUGUUCGUUCUACUCUUCCUAACUCUAUAAUUACACUCUAGCGGCCUAUCUGGGACUGCUGGCCUUUUAGAUGCCUUAUUUACUGAGUUAUAUACUUUCCAUGGUCAUAUAGAGGUGAUAUUAAGAGUAAAGUGUAUAUACAGGUUGUAUUUAUUUGCAUUACUUAAGGCGACCUCACAUCAGCACCCUUCUCGUGUAACAUCGCAGAAACCUCCACAUAGCCACCCCAGCAGUCGUUUUCUAAAAUAAUGUUUGAGAAUCUUCAACCCGAAAAGCAAACGAAAGAAGUAGGAAGUGGGUUUUCUUUUCAUAUCUCAAAUAAUUGGCUGACUUUUAAAAAAAAGUUUUCAUUACAUAAUUGUUUUAAAAUGGGAAAACUCCGCAAGGAUUGCGUCUUCAAUUAAUGCCUCAAAAAAUAAAGGAAAUCAUUAGUGUGCUUUUUGUAUUCUUAUUCAGCACUUCCAUACCCACCUCCAUUUCUUAAAUCCCACACCACUGUCAAUCCACACCUUGCCAAUUUAAGCUAUGUGGGCUGGUUCUCUUGAUCUGAAAUGCUGUGUUUGUUUCUGUUUCUCACCUGGUACGUACAUUAAAUGUUCAUCAGAUUCUCAGUUGAUGUUUUCAGUCGAAUCUCUCUCUCUCUCUCUCUCUCUCCUCCCUUGGCCAUCUCUCUUCUCUCUUUUGUUGCCCACCAAUAAAGGUUAUUUGUUCCUAUGCCAAUUUGCUCUGCAUUGCUUGUUGUAAAGAGUGUAGGCAUUUUUGUGUCUUCAUGUUGCUGUAAUAAAUAUGCUAAUAUUUCUAAUUUCUCA